ACGGUGGCGCAGAGCAGACGUGUCCCCAGUACUGCCUCUGCAGUGCUGGCUGGAAACUACAAACUUCUAAAAAAAAAAAAAAAUUAAUCAACACAGUAUCAGAACCUCGCGGUUUUAUAACUUGACACCGCUGUCAACUACAUGGACCCUAUUAAUGUGUGAUUUUUUUUUUUUUUUUUUAAAUUGAAGAAUAAAUGUUGCACAGGAUACUGCAUCAAAUGUAAUAAAAUAUAGCGGUCACUUUGGUGUUGAGGAAUUACAAGCUGGGCACUUGCACAGGAAUAGUGCUGAAAUCUAUGAAGCGCAACUGUGCAUUUAAGUAACCAACUGGACUUUGGGAUUGUAAUGUGAAUCUGUUGACACUGAAUUAACUUGUUAAUUGUGGUCUGUGUAAGGCCAAGAAGAAAAACGUGGGACUAAAAUGAGCACUUAAAGAAUGAAGAAUGAUGUCACUUUUUAUUACAGCAAGAUUUUAAGUGACUUCAGCUUGUGGAAGGAAAAAAAUCUCUUCAAGAAAUCUUCAAGAUGGCAUAUCUUCACACACUCUCCUUGGUGCUGAUUGUGGCAUUAGGGCUGCCAGAAGCAGUGGUAUCCUGUCCUCAUCCUUGUGCCUGUUAUCUUCCCACUGAAGUGCACUGCACUUUCAGAUCUUUGAUACAAGUGCCUGCCAGAAUUCCCAAACAUGUAGAAAGAAUCAAUUUAGGGUUUAACACUAUAAAUUCAAUAACCGAAAGCUCCCUUGCUGGACUCAGAAAAUUGGAACUGCUCAUGAUUCAUGGAAAUGACAUACACAAUAUACCUAAUGCAGUCUUUAAAGAUCUGAUAUCAUUACAGGUGCUCAAGAUGAGUUAUAACAAAGUAAAAGUUAUAACUGGACAAACCUUUCAGGGACUAUCAAGUUUGAUGAGACUGCAUGUGGACAACAACAAGAUUGAAUUUAUUCACCCUGAUGCAUUUAGCGGGAUGACCUCCUUGCGGCUGGUCCACCUUGAAGGGAACCUCCUCCAGCAGCUUCACCCCAAUACCUUUGCAACAUUUUCAUUCCUGCAGUAUUUUAAAAUGUCGACAGUAAGGCACCUCUAUUUGUCUGAUAAUGCCAUUAGGACACUACCCAGUGAGAUGUUCAGAACUCUGCCCCUACUGGAGAAUGUCUAUCUUCAUGGAAAUCCAUGGACAUGUGACUGCAGAUUGAAUUGGCUUCUGAACUGGAAUAAAAACACAGGAGGUGUUUUAAAGUGCAAAAAGGAUAAAGCCUAUGAAGGAGGGCAGAUGUGCCCAAUGUGCUCCAAACCCAAGCAGCUAACAAAGAAAGAGAUCAUGCAGCUAGAUGAUGUUUCUUGCACUAGGCCAACUAUUCAGUCACCACUAAAGCACAGCACCAGCUCACCAGGGGAAGACAACGAAAGUGAACUAAUGUCUAUGGAAGAAUAUCAGGAACCAUUUGGAAAUGUUACACUGAAUAUGACAGAUGAGCAUGGGAACAAAGUAGACUUGAACUGCCGAAUCAACUCCCCAAGCGAUUCUACCAAAAUUAAAUGGGACCACAUUAAUCCACAGCAGAUCGCUAUUAAUAUGACUCUUUCACUUGAUGUGGAAUGCUCGAUAGAUCGUGAAAGGUAUGAAAAAUUAUGGAAGCUUAUCGCGUACUACAGCGAAGUACCUGUUCACUUAGAGAAAGAAAUUAUGCUGAGCAAAGAACCACAUUUAAGCUUCAGAUAUAAGCAAGAUAUUGAAAAGGAUGCAUACUAUUUUACAGGUGUGAAAGCAAAUAUCUUAGCCCAGCCUUCCUGGCUGAUGCAAUCAUCUGUCAACAUACAGUUAAACAGAAAGCAGUCAACCACAAAGAAUGUAAAGCUAGCUUUUAUUACUCGCUUUUCACAAACUCUAGAUACAGAAAUUACAAGGCGACAGAGAAGCAAAUGGGUCAUGAUAGAAUCGAAAGAAGAGACAAAAACAGUUGUGAGUGUAGUUGCUGGGACAUUAUGUCAGCUGAACUGUAACGUCCUGAGCUCAGGGGAUCCUUCGAUACAGUGGAUGUUACCAGAUGGCACUAAAGUGCAGGCUCCACACAAUAGCAGAGAUAACAGAAUUUCUAUUUCUACCAGUGGUAAACUAAUCAUUAAAGCAGUGGACCAUUCAAACUCUGGUGUGUAUUACUGCAUUGCACAAGUCAAGGGCGAUCUAGAUAUAAUGGCUUUCCGGGUGUCAGUGCAGGGGGCAACAGUUCAGGCUUUUGCAGGAGAAGGGAGUUCCCUAACUAAAUAUACUGGCGAGCCUAUUGCUCUGCCAUGCAAUGCUUCUGCUAUACCCGAUGCACAACUUGAUUGGAUUCUUCCAAACAAUACUAUUGUAAAUGUUUAUUCAAACACGACUAGAGGUUAUGUGUUUCAAAAUGGCACACUAUUCAUUCAGCAGAGCCAGAUCAGUGACAGUGGAUAUUACAGGUGCGUAGCUGUAAAUCAGCAUGGGGUAGAUACAUUUGCAACCAAGAUAACAGUUAUAAGGAAGAGAGCAUCACCCCCGUCCAAAAGGAUUUCCAUGAAACCACAGUCUGUUUCAGGGGUAUCCACAAAAAUUAGAGUAAGAGUGAAUGAGGAUGAAGAGGCGUCUGGAGAUUCGAACUUUCAGCAACCCCAACAUGAAAGGUUAUCCAGCAACAGUGACACAAGGAGUGAAAGUGGAGGUAAUCAAAAUAAAACACCUGGGUAUCGAAAUAGAAAUUCUGGAAGAAGAUUGAGGAUAAAAAGCAGAUUAAAACCAAAAGGAAGCGCUGUGCCAGAAGGUCAACGGACAUUUGACGCAAGGAGAAGAGUUAACGUGUCAAAUAAUAAAAUUGAUCCGCAACACUGGGCGGACAUUUUGGCGAAGAUACGUGAAAGAACUGCUGCAAAAACAACAACAUCACCAUCAUCAGAUGAUGGUGUAGUUUCUAGAACAUCAUCAACCAAAAAUGUUAAGAAAAUUAAGUCCUCAGCAUCUAAACAUUUGAAUACAAAGGAACAUGAGUCCUCAGAUAACACAGAAAAAUUAUCCACAGAUGAGACCAAUUUUGAAGACGAGGAACUUUUUCCAGUAACCACGCCAGAAAGUAGAUUUAGUCAAGAUAACAGUCGCUUGGCUGCAGAACCCACAUAUUCAAAUAAGGAGAUUGACCACACUUACCAAAUCUCUGCUCCCCAAACUUACAUAGACUUGAAUAUCGUGAGUACAACCAAUUCUCCAAUUUUACAGUCAACCUCUAUCCCACAGGAAACAAAAGACUUUGUAGAAUCUUUCCAGGAAAAUUAUGUAAAUGAACAAGAUCCAAAAACAUCAAUGGCCACUGCCAUGCACAUUAUGGAUAUACAACAAAACCACAUUGACACAUUGGAAAAAAAUACUGUUUUUAUUGUUUCAAGCACUUCAUUAGUUUCUGUAAGCACAACAGAGCCUGAAAGGUCAUCAAAGCAAACUACUUUUUCUACUACAGAUUCAAAAUUAAAUGAAGAAGGAAUCCAAGACAUAUUUAACGCAGUCAGUUUUACACCAUCAUUUGGUGACGUUAUUAUUACUGAAGCACCCAGUCUAUUUAGCAGAACAUCCACUACAGAAAAUAUAUCAAAGCAAAAGAAUGAACAAAAACAUCAUAGUACAUAUGAAUCAAGAAACCCAGUAAAUGCAAUAAACACGCAUUUGUCUCCUGAAAUUAUCAAAAGCACAGCAGCUAGCACUACAACAGAGACAACCCAGGAUAAUUCAACCGCAUCACAUUCUCGUCAGAGGCCAUAUUCAAGGAGGAGGCUUGGUAACAGAAGAAGAUACAGACCAAGAACAGGCCAAGUUAUUCCACAUAGACCUACAACUACGAUGAAAACAGAGAGAACAUCUUUAUCAGUUAUAGCUCUUACUACUUCACAAACAUCAGUGAUGAUGCAGUCUACAAACGUCAAAUCAGAUAUCAGAGAAUCUGAAUUAGAAAGACAACUUCCAAAGACAUCAUAUAAUACGAAACCAACAACUACCUCUACUGUGUAUAUGUCACCAAAUCAGACAUCUACAGAUACUGUUGUUCAGAUAGUGAACACAGACUCUGAAGGUAGGCCUGGUGUCAUUUCGAAUAGCUUUAUCAGAAGUACAAAUCCUCCUGUUAACAAUCUGACGGUCAAAUCAAACUCUCCAGCUACACAGAGUUCCACAAGUAGUACAUUUGUUACACCUGUAGUUUCAAGGACUUUUGGGUCAACCAUCUCAGGAAGGGGACCUGAAAAAACUAUUAAAAUCCAAGUUGCUACAGAAGCUGUUCCUACAUCUACACCAUAUGUAGGAAGUUCACUGGCAAUCAAUCCAACAGACUUUAUAAACUUUGGUGUUACCACAACAAAAGCUCUUGACCGAAUUAUUACUACAACACCUAACCCGGGAACUAUUCAGAAUCCUAAGAGGUGGCUUCCAGAUAAGGAAAAACAGCAUAAAAUCAUUCCAAAAUUAGUUUAUCCUGGUCAGACUACAAAUCACACUGUCACACCUGCAAAAGAUGAGCCUACCAAACAAAAAUAUACUAUAGGAGUGCUGCCAAUCCAACCUUCCUCCCCACCAGCUCCCAGCAAUACUAGCGAACAUUAUUCGAAAAUUACAACCAUACAGGUUGAUCAGACCCCUAAAUCCCAUGCAAAACCAAAUACGUCUAAUAUAAAUGCACAUGUGAAAAAUAAAGAGAUACAAAAAACACAUGGAGAAGGAUUCAAUAACAGCCUUCUAUUAACAGCUAAUAAACCCAGUAUAUUCACUAGCUCUAAACAAGGUUUUGUUCUUACGAAACAUAUUGCUGUUAAAGUAACAGCAAGACCUCCCAUUCCAUUUACCAGAUCCUGGCCUCAGAAUCCUAAAAUAAAUACAUCUUUCACCAGCAAACCAGAAAUGAUAGCAUUUGCAGGACAGGCCCCACCACCAAGGAGAAAUUACGUCUCCAUUACCAUGCCAACAAGAAGACCAGCAACAACUUCAGCUUCUCCGCCAUACAGACCACGUCUACCUUUCCCAAAUAGACAUUCAAACAGGAUACAAACUGGACCUAUAGCAGGCUCAAGAAACUUUGGAUCAAAUUACAUCCCUGACAGGCAAGGUACUGGUGUUAGACUGCCAAGCAUAAAUCAAAGGUACCCAUAUUAUCAGAAUGGAAAAAAUCCUUACUUGGUACAGAAACCAAACCUGUCCAAGACACCCACUAGGACCAAACCACCUGCUACUACUGCCACAACACAAGCUGAAGAACCAAGUACAGUUCCAGUCAGAGCAUCAGCAGUCUCAACACCUAGACCUGCUACUACUGCCACAACACAAGCUGAAGAACCAAGUACAGUUCCAGUCAGAGCAUCAGCAGUCUCAACACCUAGACCUGCUACUACUGCCACAACACAAGCUGAAGAACCAAGUACAGUUCCAGUCAGAGCAUCAACAGUCUCAACACCUAGACCUGCUACUACUGCCACAACACAAUCUAAAGAACCAAGUACAGUUCCAGUCAGAGCAUCAACAGUCUCAACACCUAGACCUGCUACUACUGCCACAACACAAUCUAAAGAACCAAGUACAGUUCCAGUCAGAGCAUCAACAGUCUCAACACCUAGACCUGCUACUACUGCCACAACACAAUCUAAAGAACCAAGUACAGUUCCAGUCAGAGCAUCAACAGUCUCAACACCUAGACCUGCUACUAGUGCUUCACUUUUAGCAGUAAGGAAAACCACUACGACAGUGGCAAGUAGCACCAGAAUCCCACCAAUAACAAGAACAACAUCACUCAUUACAACUACCACUCGCCCACACUGGAAUGGUGUCUAUAAUCACAGGCUCCCAAUUGCCCCAUUCAUUCCAAAAGUAGAAACACCUAUUCAAAAUGGCUUAAGCAUACCACAUCCUUCACCCAAUGUAAGAGUCUAUCGAGGAAGACCUAAAAUUACGAACAACCUGCAUACAGUGUCCGUUCAAGCUGAAAUGGAUGCUGUGCUCUCAUGCGAUACUGUGGGAGAACCCAAACCUUUCCUUACAUGGACUAAAGUAUCUACUGGAGCUGUGAUUGCAAUUAACAGAAAGAUCCAAAGAUUUGAAGUACUGAAAAAUGGGACUUUUGUGAUUCAAAAUGCUCAACUUCAGGACCGUGGACAGUACCUUUGCACUGCACAAAACCAAUACGGUGUGGAUAAAAUGAUAGUUACAUUAAUUGUUUUAGCUCAGCAGCCAAGAAUGCUUGUAUCCCGCUAUCAAGAUGUUACGGUUUAUCUUGGAGACAGUGCAAACAUGGAGUGCAGGGCACAAGGACUGCCAGCCCCUCAGAUAUCAUGGAUAUUACCAGACAGAACAAUCAUGCGUGCAGCCACCCAAACUGGCAGUCGAAUAAUGCUGUUUGAAAAUGGAACUUUAAGUGUCACAUCCACUAAUUUUCCAGACAGAGGAAUUUACAAAUGUAUAGCAAGUAACGCAGCUGGGGCAGACAGUCUAUCUGUCAGGCUUCAUGUUGCAGCAUUGCCUCCUAUGAUUCAGCAACAAAGGAGUGAGAACUUUACCGUUGCAGAAGGACAGACUGUUUACAUUCACUGCACUGCCAAAGCUGCUCCUGUGCCUAACAUUCGAUGGAUCCUCUUCGAUGGAACACAGGUCCGACCGUCUCAGUUUGUGAAUGGCAACUUGUUUGUUUUCCCCAAUGGAACCCUGUACAUACGCAACUUAUCCUCAAAAGACAGUGGGAAUUAUGAAUGCAUGGCAAGCAACGCAUUAGGGGCUUCCAGAAGGACAGCAAGCGUGACGGUAAAGAAGAAAACGACCACUGCUAAAAUUACAGCAACAUCGCCUCAGAGAACAGAUGUCACUUAUGGCGGUGCGCUGAGACUGGACUGCUCUGCUUCAGGUGAUCCAGGUCCAAGAAUAAUAUGGAGAGUGCCUUCAAAGAAACUUGUUGAUACACAAUACAGUUUUGAUCCCAGAAUAAAAGUGUAUAUUAAUGGAACGUUAGUGGUUCAGAUGGUUACUGAAAAAGAUGAAGGAGACUACUUGUGUGUUGCCAGAAACAAAAUGGGAGAUGAUUAUGUGCUACUGAAAGUAAAUGUGAUGAUGAAGCCUGCAAAGAUCGAAUACAAACAACAAACCAACAAGAAGGUGACGUACGGAGGAGAUUUGAAAGUUGACUGUAUAGCUUCAGGGCUGCCCGACCCUGACAUCACUUGGGGUCUUCCUGAUGGUACUAUGGUCAACAGCGUAAUGCAAUCAGAUGACAGUGGAAUACGCACCAGAAGAUAUGUGGUUUUCAACAAUGGCACCCUUUACUUCAAUGAAGUUGGAAUGAGAGAGGAAGGGAACUAUACCUGCUAUGCAGAAAACCGGAUGGGAAAAGAUGAAAUGAAGGUCCAUGUCAAGGUGGUGGCUGAUUCCCCAACAAUCAAAAAUAAAACAUACUCUGUUGUAAACGUGCCAUACGGAGAGCCUAUUUCAUUGAAAUGCAAUGCAAAAGGAGAACCUGCCCCCAGGAUAGUUUGGCUUUCUCCAACCAACCGAAUCAUCCCAACUUCAUCUGAUAAGUAUCAGGUACACAGUGAUGGUAUGCUUCUGAUACAGAAGGCCCAAAGGUUUGAUAAUGGAAACUACACCUGCCUUGCUAAAAACUCAGCAGGGGAGGAUAAAAAAGUAAUCAGAGUGGAUGUUCAGGUUGCUCCGCCAUCUAUUAAUGGUCAUAGAAAUGCAAUGAACACAGUCAAGCAAACAGCAAUCAAGGAGCAACGCAAACUAUUUGACUGUAAAACUGAAGGGAUGCCGCUUCCCCGUGUAAUGUGGCUUUUGCCAGAAAAUGUUGUUCUUCCUGCACCGUACUAUGGAAGCAGGAUCACAGUGCAUCGUAAUGGUACCCUUGACAUUAAAUCCAUAAGAAAAACGGAUUCGGUGCUGUUGGUCUGCAUCGCACGCAAUGAAGGAGGGGAGGCCAGGCUUAUUAUAGACCUAGAUGUUACAGAAAACUUGGAGAAACCUGUACUUAAGAACCCACUAAAUGAGACUUUGGCAUUAACUGUUGGUACCUCUGUAAGAAUGAAUUGCUCUGCAGAGGGUAGACCAACACCAGAGAUUGUCUGGAUCCUUCCUAAUGGAUCACAGCUUACUAGUGGCAGUCAGUUAUACAGAGUGUACCACGGACAGGAUGGUACCUUGCACAUCAGCAGUCCCUCUGUCACAGAAGCAGGCACUUAUCGUUGCUUGGCAAAGAAUGAAGCAGGGCAGACAGAAAGAACGGUCUUAUUAGAAAUUGGUAAAAUAACAGAGAUUAAUAACCCAUACACUGGUUUGGUAAGCAUCAUUAACGGGGAAAACCUACUCCUCCACUGUAGUGCUGUUGGAAGUCCCCCACCCAAACUUUUCUGGACAUUACCCAACGGGAUGAUUCUUAACCGUCCUCAAACAGUGGGCCGCUAUGCAGUUCUGCAAAAUGGAUCUCUUACUGUUCAACAAGCAUCCGUCUAUGACAGAGGGACCUAUUCUUGCAAGUCAGUCAAUGAAUAUGGAACCUCUGUCAUGAGUGUUCCAGUGAUAGUCAUAGCGUACCCACCACGGAUUACAAAUGGGCCAGCGCCUGUGACGUAUGCCAGUCCUGGAGCUGCAAUCCAGUUAAACUGCAUGGCCAUAGGAAUUCCUAAGGCAGAUAUAACAUGGGAGCUGCCAGACAAAACACGUCUAACAGUAACAUCUCAUGCACGGCUUUUCGGCAACAAGUACCUUCACCCUCAAGGUUCACUAAUUAUCCAGAAGCCAUCCCAGAUGGACACAGGUUUUUACAAAUGCACUGCUAAAAAUCUAAUAGGAAGUGAUUCAAAAGCAACAUAUGUUCAUGUAUUUUAAUUUUUCAGUGAUUUAUGUUUUUUAUGUAUGCCCAAAGAACUGCCCAAGUCAAGUGCAAAAAUACUGUUAAUAAAGAUAUGACUACAGACUCAUUGGUUUGGCUGAAAGUGGAUAGUACAACAUGUACCAUGCUUAUGACAAUAGUACUGUAAAGUAUGUAAGUUAAGACACACUCACACACACAAAGGCAUCAGUGAAGGGUACUCUGUCUGUAAAAAAACAUAACUAUGCAAUAUAAGUAUUUGAAUAUAAGUGCAAAGACACCGCAUUCAAAAUAUAAAUGUCUAUGUCAUCAAUAUUUAAUGUAAUUGAGCCACAAAAUGUUUCAGAUAGAUAUUUGAAUAAACACAAAUAGGGACUAAACCAUUUGCUUAUAAAACAAUGCACUUCCACUCAUAAUAUAGAUUUAUAACGAUGUGUUUACUAACCCUAAUCUUACUAAAAUACUGGCAAUGGUGAUCAAUGUCAAUUUUUUAAAAAUGGUAACCACAGAUAUGUUUUUUUUUGUGCAUUACAAGGGGUGCUAUUUAGAAACUUUAAAUACAAACACAACACAGACACUGUAUAAGAUGAUUCUUUUGCUUUUAAAUAUCCACAUUUUAUGUUCUGUUUUUUAUUUAUUUUUUUUAAUUAUUUGUCUUUAAAAGAUUAAUGUAUAGCUAUGUUUAUAAGGGUAACAUACGGUGUCAUGUAUAUCUUGUAAUAAAGAAUAUCUCCAAAUAGCUUGGUUAUAUCUGAGCUUUUGCUAUAUUUUCAAUAAUUAUUUCUAGAAUAAUAGGAUUUUUUUUUUAAAUAAAAACAAUUUACUUAAAACUGGUUUACUUGUUUUAUUUUUAAAGCAGAAAGUGUCAUUUCAAUUAUUUUAUGUAGAGUUCCUGUGGGUUUAAAUUAACAACUUCUGGCAGCUGAGAGGUUUUUGUAUUAAAUUAUAUAGGAAUGUUAAAACUUAGCUGCCAAGUACCGUAUCAAACCAAAAAUUUGAAACAGAUGGUAAUUUGAUAUUAAAUUUCGAAUGCAGGUGCCAAGAAGUGACUCAGUACAUAUUAGCAAUGCUACUGUUACAGAGUAAGUUACUUCAAAUGUAAUUUUAAUUAUCUUUUUAUAUGUCCCAAUACUAUAGCAGAUAUGUUUUCUUCAGUCUCUUAAGAAUUGUAUUUAAUUUAAACACGUUUUGCUGAAAGAGUGUCACAUUGUCAAGAUCGAAAAUGCAUGGCGUACGCAAAAAUGACAAAACGUGAAUAUUCCCCAAAUUAACACCAUUUGCUUAAGACUUGCAAUAUUCACAUGCAUUCACAACACAUGCAACAUGACGAGAUGUGGCGAUAAAAGUGGAUGGUUCUCAGCUUGCAUGUCUUAUUGGUGUUCGCUGUAGAUACAUUUGAAGUUAUGCAUAGACUUACCAAGGCUCAACGGUAUAAUGCUAUUGGACAUUUGGAAGCUGGCGAAUCUCAGUCCGCCGUAGCACGCAUCUGAAUGUUUCCCAGAGCACUAUUUGGCACCAAUACCAGCAACGUGGAAUAACACUUGACCGCCCAAGAUCUGGUAGACCACGUGUGACGAUGGCAGCCCAGGACAGAUUUAUACGGCUACGUCAUUUACGUGACCGGUUCACCGCUGCAACCUCUACAACAUCUGCAGUACCAGCAAUGCGUAGAAUUUCCGACGAGACUGUCAGAAACUGCCUACGGGAGGCAGGUAUCCGAGCAAGAAGGCCAGUUAGAGGAGUGAUUCUUACUCCAACAUCGUAGACUACGACUUCAGUGGUGUCAUAAUCACAGAGUAUGGCCCAUACAAAGAUGGAGAAAUGUGGUAUUCAGUGAUUAAUCCAGAUUGGUCUUCGACGUGCAAAUGGAAGAGCCUGGGUAUACAGGCGACGUCAUGAACAUUUUGCGGCCAACUGUGUGCGACAGAUUGACAAAUUUGGUGGUGGGAGUGUCACGGUGUGGGUGGCAAUCUCAGUGGCAGAACCAACCUUGUUCAUGUUCAAGGUAACCUGACAGCUCAGCACUAUUGUCAUGAGAUCAUACGGCCUUAUAUGAUCCUAUUCAUGAACCAUUGUGACGUCAUUUUCCAGCAUGACAAUGCACGACCGCACACAGCCCGGGCCACCACAGCUUUCCUCACUCAGAACAAUGUUCAAGUGCUUCCAUGGCCGUCU